AUGACGUCCCACGCCGCGCACGACCCUCUGCAGGAGCGACGCGUCGAAGGCCUCACACCGUAUGGGUGUAUGGCAAGUACACCGCCAUCGAGCUUCCCUUCCGGUGAUGAGGCCAUUUUGCUGGAAGCGUUAGAGCGUGCAGAGACUCACCAUGGGGAAGCAGCCUCCCCGACGGACUUUUCCGUCUAUGUCGAUCCUCCGCCUCCCUCUGCCGUGCCACUCUCCUCGUCGCCCCCUGCCCAGUCGGUUCCGGAUCGUACGCCUGCGCCGGACGACAAGUACUUGGACGGCCAUGCCUACCGUGCUAUCUCUUUUGGCGACUGGGGUACGUACAUGCGCCACAAGCGAGCCAAGUUGCAUGUACAAGAGCAGGCGAUCCUCGAGGAGGAGGCAGGCACUUGUCUGUCUCAAGCCCUGCGUGGUUGUGUCAUUUACAUCAACGGACGCACUGAGCCACCCUAUGCGGAACUACGUCGAUUGAUUGUCUUGCAUGGCGGCACGCUCAUGGCCUACUUGGACCAAAAGAAACCUUGUACACAUAUCGUGGCGAGUGCCCUUACGCCUAAAAAGUGCGUGGAAUUCCAGGCCUACCGCGUCGUCCUCCCAGCGUGGAUCGUCGAUAGUUGUGCCGCAGGUCGAGCGCAAGAUUGGACCAAGUACCGUAUACCCGGCCACCAACGCCCUGGACUAUGGUCCUUGUGGGGUGACCAGGCCACGACGUCCUCGGCCCAGAAGGCCGAGGCCUCCCCGCCAGGGGACCAGGCUGUGCCUACGGCCACGGCCUCCCGUAAGAAUGUGGAUGUCCAUGCACCCCACGCAGAGGAGGACGUGGCACCUCCUCCCGAGGCGGCUCACGCCGCCGACGCUGCGCCAGGCGUCCCUACGAAAGAGGACGAGGACGAGGACGAGGAAGACGAAGCGCUUUCUAUGCCUGCGUAUGCCAGUCAACCCCAUCAACGUGCUGCGCAACUACUGAGCUCUGCCUCCUGGCGGGCACAACAUACGGCUGCCAGCCGCGACUUUCUGGCCGGGUACUAUGCACACAGUCGCCUGCACCACCUAAGUACCUGGAAAGCCAGUCUGCAAGAUCUUGUUACGCAAGCGAUGCAGGAUAGUGGGGCGCAUGAUAUCCCAGCUACAGCGCCUCGGCCUCGCCUCCUCAUGCAUGUGGACUUUGACAGUUUUUUUGUGAGUGUAGGUCUUCGUGACGAGCCUGCGCUGCAAUCCAAGCCUGUGGCCGUAUGUCAUGCGUCCCACCAUGGGGUGGUAUCCAGCACGUCUGAAGUGGCAUCCUGCAAUUACCAUGCACGUGCGCAUGGGCUGAGAAAUGGCAUGAGCCUGCGGCAGGCUAAGCAUCUCUGUCCUUCCAUUGUGACGAUUCCGUAUACGUUUGAUGCGUACUAUGCUGUGUCUUUGCAAUUCUACACAAUCCUCCUACAGGUGGCCGAGGUCGUGCAAGUCGUCAGCAUUGACGAGGCGUUGCUGGAUGUUACCUCGAUCGUUGCUUCGUUGACGGAGGCGCAUCAGCAAGGCACGCGCGUGUUUGACGCACACCCUACGCUGUGCAUAUUGGAAGAGGCGUUUCAUGCAUCGACGCAACCGCCCGCGAUCGCCUUGGGCGACGCCUUGCGUGCGCUCCUUCGGCAGGCCACACGCUGUGAAGCGAGUGUCGGUAUAGGUGCGAACAUUUUGCAGGCGCGUCUGGCGACACGGCGUGCCAAGCCCCAAGGGACGUUUCACUUGACGGCCGCGAACGUCGCCUCGUUUAUGCAUGCACUGGAUGUGCGUGAUGUAUGGGGCGUGGGCCAAAGUCUGGCUUCGCGCUUUGCUGCGUGGCUCGGUACGACGCAUAUCGGGACCAUUCUCGCACGUACUACGGAAGAGGCCUUUGUCACACAGUGGGGCCCGAAGCAAGGACGUACUCUCUGGCGUCAGUUUCAUGGGCUCGAUACCGAUGUGCUGCAAGGACUUCGACCUCGGCAAAGUGUCGGAACGCAUGUAAGCUGGGGUGUACGUUUGCAAGACGAGGCGGAAUUGCGGCAGUUUGUGCAAGGUCUGUGUGACGAAGUGAUGCAGCGCUUGCAACGAACGCAGCGCAUGGCGACGCACGUGUCUAUUUCUGUCAUGCAAAAAGAUCCAUCGGAGACGGAGGCGUCCAAGUUCUUGGGUCACGGGCUGUGCCUUACGCACCACCGCUCUAUGCCUCGUACGAUCGACCACGUCGCGAGUCUCUUCCAAGCAGUGUGGCUCUUGUGGCGCAAAUUGGACCUGGCACCGAACGAGGUGCGGGGCUUUUCCAUCCACCUGUCCAAGUUGGUGGAGCCGCCGCGGGGCACGUCCGACUUGCGCGCUUGGGUCACCAAGGCCUCGGCGUCCGUCCCGGCGCCGCUGCCUAGGGCCACUCUCGUGGACACGGAGGCAGCGUGUCACGAGGAGGAGGUGGGCAUGAGCUCGACGCCGUCCUCUGACUCGAUGCUCUUCCACGUCCCUUCGCAACUGGAAUGGAGCGUCGUAGCGCACCUGCCUACGCCGAUGCGUGAGCGUAUUGAAGCGGUCGUGGCGGAGCGCCAAACGCCCUCGACACCGCGCAAGCGAUCGACGCCCAGCCGAUCUCCCUCGGUCACGCCCCAUCGGCGACGAAGUCCAAGUGAGAGCCCGUCCAAACAAACGCGCCUGGGCGCCUACUUUGCCUCACCGACGCGCCGUCGUGGGAAGACCGAGGUGGAUGUGCGUACGUUGGGCUGGGACCCUGACGUGUUUGCUUCGCUGCCCCCCGAUAUCCAGGCGGAUGUGCUUGCAGAGGCCCAGCGAUCCCCACGACGUCGGGCGGCUGCGCCGCCCCGUCGUGCUGUAACCAUGACCAAAGCGGCGGCCCGUCGGCAAGCGGCGCUCUCGGCGUUGCAGCAUGAGGCCAGGAUACGGGCCGAGGCAGGCGCAGAUCGCGAGACGGAUCCCAUUUUGUGGGCGGCAGCGCGUGCGCGUGAGGACGAAGCGCAGGGGCUGGCGCCCACUGGCUCGCUCCUUCAUGUGGCGCCCAGGGAGGGUCGCGAUGCGCUGGCACACCGAACGCUCGACGAUCUGCGAGCGCAGCUGCGGCAGUGGUACACGCAGCAUGCGACGCAAGCGCCACGGUACGGCGAUGUGGCGUACAUACACGCGACGCUGGUCUCGUGUGUGGAGCGUGGGCAGCUGGACAAGGUGCGUGGUGCGCUCCUGUACUGGCGUUUUCUCUUGCUCUCGGCGCGCCCCACGUCUCUGGCCCACGAAGCGCAGGCCUGGCUCGAUGCGUACGAAUCGGUCGCUGCGUCUCUGCAUGCGCUGGUCGAUGCGACAUGGCAUGCGUCUUUGGCCGACUAG